GGCGCUCUGGAGUGAUGCCGCCGGAGACAUCUCGCCCUCUCUUCCGCCAUGUUGGCCUGCCUGCAGAGGACCCAGAACCCGCCAAGGCAGCAUCUGGGGUGUCCGAAUAAGGCCCUGGAGCAACGCAAGGGUGAAACCAUGGCUCCCAUUCGUUCCCCACGAUACCCCAGCCCGGCUGAGCUCGACGCUUACGCACAGAAAGUGGCAAACAACCCUCUCACCAUCAAGAUCUUCCCCACCAACAUCAGGGUCCCCCAGCACAAGCACCUUAACCGGACGGUGAACGGGUACGACACGAUGGGCCAGCGCUACAGCCCCUACCCUCUGCACGCCAGCAGCUACCAGGGUCUCCUGGCCAUCGUGAAGGCAUCCGCUGGCAAAGGGGCCGUGAAGAACGCCGAGGGCAAGCGGACCAAGAUGUCCCCUGCCCACGUGGCUGUAGCCCCCUACUCGGUGACAAGCACUUUAGCGCCCGGCCCGUCCUGCGCGGCCCAGCUGAGCUACCCCGGCAGCCAGAAGCAGAUGGAGGCGCCGGUCCCUCCCAACGUCACGGUGGCCACCUCGGUCGUCCCACACGCCGGCAGGGGCUUGGCACUGCCCCAGGCCAACCUGCCCUCCAUCCAGAACAUUAUUUUCCAGAUCAAUCAGCACUGCCAGGCCCAGGCCAGCCAGCAGGUGUGCCAGGGGGUGGUGGUGGCCAACCCCAGCCCGGCCAAGCACGGCACCACCGGCAGCUUCACCACCAUGGCCACGGUGGGGGCGGCGGUGGCCUACGCUGGUGCCGUGCUGCCGGACCGCCGAAAGGGUGCUGAGCUGGUGGCUGGCUCCAACCCAGGCAGUGGCCUCGUGGGGCCCAAGCCAGGCCUUUACCCGGACAGCGUGGAUUAUCUGCUGUGGCAGCAGAAGCAGCAGCAGCCGCUGCGGAUGUACAGCGCAGGCAGCGGGGGGGCCGUCAGCAAGUCGCCCGAGGUGUGCCCCGGGGUCUUGCGCGCCUACCCCGUGACGGGCGCCACGGACAAGGUGAGCUCCUCGCCGUUGAACUGCGUGGGCGUGCAUGGGAACUUCUCGGUGGGGCAGUACUUUGCCCCGCCUUGGAACAGCGUCUUGGUCACUCCCAACAGUAGCGACUGCUACAACGCCCAGGAUCUGGCCAACGGGCAUCGGGACCUGGGCCUGCACCCCUCGGAGGGGCUUCCCAGUUUGCCCAGCAAGGCGGUUUGCAACACCUCCAUCCUCAGCAGCAGCCUCCAGUCGUUGGAGUACCUGAUCAACGACAUUCAUCCGCCGUGCAUCAAGGAGCAGAUGCUGGGCAAGGGCUACGAGACGGUCUCCGUGCCCCGGCUCCUGGACCACCAGCAUGCUCACAUCCGCCUGCCUGUCUACAGAUAAGGGGCAGAGGUGCCCCCGGGGCCAGGCUGCCCCGAGGCGGAGGCGAAUCAUUUUGUCUGCGUAGUUCAGGAAUGGGUUUCAUUGCUAAGAAUGUGAACAGGGAGACGCGAUCCAGUUUUGCUGCUAAUCGGGGAAGAGGUGCCCCGGGGGACGAGAACGGGUGUGUGCCUGCGUGUCGGCGUUGCCAGCCAGACUGCCUGGGAAGGGGGCCCAUUCCUUUUCCAGAAACACGUUUCUGUCCUGGGCUGCGCUUGGGGGCGUUUGAAAUGCAUUGUGACUGGGGGAGGGCAAGGAAGGGAGCGGACCCCCGCUCAGACCCCUCCCGUCCAUCCAGGUGGCUUCGUGAUCCUGCCUCCUUUCUAGAUGAAGUCUGUAACUUGCACUGUUUCGAUUUAAAGCUAGUAAUUGGGGGUGGGGGGCAAAGGUGUGGAGGCUGUUUAAAGAAGGAAAAAAACCACUUGAAAACUUGAAGUGACUUUUUUUAGUUUGAACCUGCUGUACAGUUUUUGGCUGCUAUAGGACGGAUUUUCCCACCCCUCCAUCACAUCAGCAUAACCCCAGGAGAUUUCUUUUCUGAAUUAAAACAUCAUCAUCAUCAUCAUCAUCAUCAUCAUCUGGUUUUUUAAUAGCAGUAUUUCAUUUUAUUACUUGUCUGCGUGGGAGAAACAGGGAGGAAGACCAGAGGGUUGGGGGACGUUUGCAGAAGAGAGAUGCAGUGCUGAAAAGUUGGGAGGGUCCUUUGCCCCUUUAUUUUAAUCCUUGCUUUGGAUCCACCUCUGUAGGGAGCCACAUCUGGCUGCAGAAACCUGAGUUAAGAAGGCCGGGGAGAAAACCAAGCCCUUCUUGGUUCCCGCAAAGCUUGAAAACAAGGCACUCCCUUGGGCUCCCCCAUCCCCAGAUCAUCUCUGGCUGCGUCUUUGCAGUCGGAGGAACGUGGAUGCGCGAGGGCUGCCCGAGAGCCAGAAACGAUGGGGAAGGCAAGCUGUGUUUGCCGAGUUGCCGCUCCAGCCGCUGGGGACGGGUCAUCCCCUCGCCCCUCUCCCCUCCUGUCCAGACCAAGCUGUAGCAACGUUGUGGAUAAUCCGAGUGUAGUCUGGUUUGCAGCCGUCGGCUCUUCUCUAGGCGGCUGCGAGAGACGGGAGCGUCGAAUCCCCCACAACACAGUGUAUCUUAGAGGGGUCUUCCCCCUCCUUCCAGGAUAUUAGUAUUUUACAUACUUCAGUUUCCUCCUGUAAGAGAGAAAGAAAUGCAGCUUCUAAAAAGUAUUCCUUUUGCUCUGCAGGACCCCUGACGGAAUUAGGAGUUUAAUAGGUUUUAUGCAAGAUGAUCUGCUUUGCAGGUAUUUCAGAUUUUCACGAAGGAAGGGAGGAAGGAAGGGAGGGGCUCAAAAUAUAGAGGUACUGUGUCCUUCACCACCUAUUCCAGCACUAAGUGCAUUUACAAAUACCUGAGAAUGUGUUUUUAUAUGAAAAAGCAACCAUUAUAUUCUACUGUGAGAAGUGCGCUCUGCACUAUAUUGUUUUAAAAAUGAGAGAAAACAAAAAAGCUCGGAAAAAAACAGAGAACCAUGUCUCUGGAUGUCUGUCUGUCUUUUUUCUCUCCCCCCCAAAAAAAAGACAUUAAAUCUGGGCUUUCACUGGA